UGCUCCUAGUCCCCUCACCGCCCCUGUCUUCUUGGCUCGUCAUCAAGAACGGUUCGGUUAGUUCUUGUUCGUUCGUUAGACCGUACGUUCUCCCGAUCUUUAAAUCGCAAAAUUCAUCCAUUCAAAACAAACGUGUAAAACGUUGAAUGAAUGAAGGACAACGAAAGAAGAUUGAAACGUCGAAAAAAGAUUGUAGAAGAAAAAGUAUUCGAAUGUGUUUCGUCGGUGACAUGAUCGGACAAGUUGCGAGAUCGUCUUAUGAAAGAAGACUGUUGAAGAUCUAGUGAUGCAGUGACGUUGACGAACAGAGAGAGAGAGAGAGAGAGAGAGAAAGAGCGAGAGAGAGAGAGAAAGAGAAAAAAAUGAAAACGAAAGCGAAUCUAGUUGGGUUUCUGUUGUUGGCAAUCUUUUGUUAUAUCGUUCGGGCAUUACAAAACGUUGAGUCGAUUGAAUCGUUGAAUGAAGAAACAAACAAACAGAAAAAAGAAUGCUCUGAGAUGCGUAUUCUAGAUGCUACCAAGAUUGUUAAAGAUAACAACAAAAUUGACACGCAUGGAAUUUUUCUUUUAAAUCGUCUCAAUCAGGAACAUUCGAAAAAGGAUCAAAAACAAAAUGCUAAAAUAAAAACGGUUAAUGGAAAAAUUAACAACGAACUACGAGGUCGACCGAAAAGAAAGAAACGUCGCAGAAGACAUCGAGCCUUGAUGGCACUGCUAUUGGCAUACAAAAUGAAGUUUAUAGCAUUGAUACCAACAAUGUUAGGUGGUUUGAUCUUACUAAUCGGUAAAGCACUACUCGUGGGAUUCUUCUUCUCUCUUUUUGCUGCUGUCUUAAGUCUGAAGGGCCACUAAAAUCUACGUAUGUACAUGCGUCAUCGAUGAUAGAAUGAAAAUAUCAUCAAAACCUGUUUAAAAAUGUUCUGUGCUCAUGGAAAUAAGAAAAAAGAAAUCAAAAGGACGAAUGGAUUCAUUCAAUCAAAACGGGUGAUAUAUGAUUACUCGUAUCCUUGAUAUUAAAAAUUUUCAUGUAACCAAUCAUAUUUCUUCAUCGUUAAUUUCGGGUUAACAAUGAGUUCA